AUGGCAAUAAAUCUUGGCAUUUUCUCAGCAAUCUUUUGCCUCCUUCUGGGCUCUGCAUUUGGAGAUUGGAACAUCCUGAAGCAGAAUUGGAGAUUAGGCUCAAAAGGGUUGGUUGAUAUUACUCUCAAGAAUUACUGUGAAAGCUGGAGGCUGAAUGUGGAGAUACACAACAUCAGGGAUUUUGCAGUUGUCCCUGAUGAAUGUGUUGCCUACAUUGGCAAAUACAUGACAUCAACUCAGUACAAAGUUGAUUCUGAGAGGACAGUUCAAGAAGCAUUGGUUUAUCUCAGCACAAGCUGCAAUCUGAAGAAAGAUGGCAAAGAUGCUUGGAUUUUCGAUGUCGACGACACCCUUCUUUCCACUGUCCCUUACUACAAGAAAAAUGGUUUCGGGGGAAACAAAUUGAACUCUACUUCUCUUGAGGAGUGGAUGUAUCUUAGCAAAGCACCCGUAUUGGAUCACUCAUUGAAGCUAUUCAAUGAGCUAAAAGGGUUGGGAGUUCAGAUCAUUUUGGUUUCUUCAAGAGAUGAAUGCCUCAGAUCUGCAACUGUUGAUAACCUUGUCAAUGAGGGAAUUUUUGGAUGGACUAGCCUUUACUUAAGGGGACCAGAUGAUGCCAGCAAGGAUGUGCAGAGUUACAAAGCUGAUGUGAGGAAGCAAUUGAUUAGCAAAGGGUACCGCCUUUGGGGAAUUUUGGGUGACCAAUGGAGCAGCAUUGAAGGAUCUCCAUCUGCUAAAAGAACAUUUAAGCUUCCAAAUCCCCUGUAUUAUACUGCUUGA